GAUUUUCUACAUUGUUUUUAUUUCCAUAGCAAACUUCAACUUGAUCAUGCACGACCGACAACGACAAUUGGACCUGAACUUUUUUUUUUUUUUGAUCGGUGUUGUGUAUGAGAUAAUAAAUAUUGAAAUUCGGGAAAUGAAAAUUUGAAUGUCGGUCGUAUUCGGUGGAAAACCGAAAAAACAAACAAACAAACGAAUCAAAUGAGAUUGUUGAUUAUGAUGGAAUGGAAUAAUUAUAAUAUAUCUUUGUUCAUCAUUGUUUCAAUGGUUGAUGGUAAAAAGAAACGUGGUGAUAUUAUUAUCAUCGGUGGUGGACAUCAUGAUGAUCAUCAUAAUUAUAUACCGAUACCGAUCCAUAUACCAGUACAUAAACCAGUAUAUAAAUUCUAUCAUCAUAAUCAUCUUCCAAUACAUAUGAUGCAAUCAUAUCCAAAUGUCGGUGUUGGUGGUGGUGGUGGUGGUGGUGGUGGUAAAUUUGGUGGCUUUGGAUUAGGAAACAAGCUCGGUUUUGGUGGUGUUGGUGGCGAUGAUUUGAUGGGCGGUUUUCGUUGAAUUUCGAAAUAACUUUUCAUCAUUAUCAUCAUCAUCAUCAUCAUGAUGGAAAUCUUAUUUUCCCGACCAUUUUAUAUCACACACACACACACUCAGUUACAUUGUUGUUUCCAUUAUAAAUUUCAAAUUGUCAAAAUGA